CGGAGCGUCGUGCGGGCGCUGAGGGCGGUGGGGCGGGGCGGGGGCGCCAAGAUGGCGUACCAGACGUUCCGGCAGGAGUACCUGCAGGUGCCGCCCGUGACGCGGGCCUACACCACCGCCUGCGUCCUCACCACCGCCGCCGUGCAAUUAGAACUUAUCACGCCCUUCCAGCUGUAUUUCAACCCCGAGUUAAUAUUUAAGCACUUUCAAAUAUGGAGGUUAAUCACAAACUACUUAUUCUUUGGACCAGUUGGCUUUAAUUUUUUAUUUAACAUGAUCUUUUUAUACCGGUACUGCCGCAUGCUCGAGGAAGGCUCUUUCCGGGGUCGGACGGCAGAUUUUGUAUUUAUGUUCCUUUUUGGAGGACUUUUAAUGACUCUUUUUGGGCUGUUUGUGAACCUGGUUUUCCUGGGCCAGGCUUUCACCAUCAUGCUGGUGUACGUCUGGAGCCGCCGCAAUCCCUACGUCCGCAUGAACUUCUUUGGUCUCCUCAUCUUUCAAGCCCCUUUUCUACCCUGGGUAUUGAUGGGCUUUUCACUGCUUUUGGGGAACUCUAUCAUUGUGGAUCUCCUGGGCAUUGCUGUUGGGCACAUUUAUUUUUUCUUAGAGGAUGUCUUUCCCAAUCAGCCUGGUGGUGGGAGGCUCCUGAGAACACCGUCUGUCCUGAAAGCAAUAUUUGACACACCAGAAGAGGAUCCUAAUUACAACCCCUUGCCGGAGGAGCGGCCGGGAGGAUUUGCGUGGGGAGAAGGUCAACGGCUCGGAGGGUAAAUCGGUGCCUGUGCCAAAACCCCACCACCCCUGGGACAGACUGGCCUGGAGCAGGGCCCACGGGGGGACUCCCCCACCACAGAAAGGACACUUUCUGACAGCUUUAUGGUUUUGAAGACAAGCACUUUAUGAAAUGGCUGUCUAAUCCAAGACAAUUCCGGCGUCCUUCCCAAUCAGGGAAUUUACUGUGCUGGACAUAAUCUAAUCCAGUGGAGCCAAAAAUUUAAAACUGGAAACCGUUUCCUGUCAGCUUCAGUUAAUAAGACCACGAGUACUUGUUCCAAGUGAUUUCUAAAGCAUUUUUUUUUCAAGUUAUUUGAUACGUGAAACUCUCUGGGAAACUUUACAGGGGACAAACCCAACUUUUUGGGGUUUAACUCGCUUUUUUAUUCUUGGAUAAAACAACUACAAGAUGGUUGAAAGCCUGAGUCACUAUUUCAAUGGCAAAAGGUUUUUUUAAUCUGAGGUGCUGUUGUCUCCAGUCGUCUUUGAAUCAUAAGGAAUACAACGUGCAGGUUUUCCCCUCUGCCACUUGGGUUUCUGGGAUGUUCUGCAGGCCAAGAUGGCAUUUUGGUGGCUUUUCAGGUGCCCAGGUUUGAGUCUGACUGGUGGGUCUCCAAAAUCCACCCCCACUGGUGCCCACUGCUCACAGGUAUUAAAUGACCUGCAGCACUGGGGAAGCACAACUUGUCUGGAGCCAGAACUGCUCGAAUAUCUCAGAUGAUGAGUUGAAUAAAAUGUCUUGUGGAUAA